UAGAAGCUUGAUAAAAGUUGAAGAGAGGGUGUCCUUGAACUGUUCAACCCUUAAGUCGUUUCUAAAAUAAAUUAAGGUCAUCUUAUCUCCCAAAUGUUCGUCUUGUCCAGGUCUCAGUGAGUUCUGGUCUAGGGAAAGUUUUGAUCUCGAUUAGUGUGCGUUUGAGCGCAACAUAAACAAACGUUAUAGUGGCUGCAGUCAACAGGAGUUGGCUACAAAUAGUCACGGUGACCGUUGCUGUUUUGUAGCUUUAAGAAGGCUGCUGAAACUUGAACCCUAAAGUGCAAAGAUGAGUCGAGGCGGGCCUGCCAUCAGCACUUACCAAUCACAACAACCCCCUAAAAGAAAAAAAAAAAUAGUCAUUCGUGGAACCACUGCAAAUAUGCACGUUAGUCAUAAGCACGGUUUGUGGACAAACACUGCCUGCGAGCUUUCUCUACCCACGCUGCUGUUUAGCUACAGCUAGUGCGUGUGUAUUGUUGACCUAGCAUAGAGCGAUAUGAUGGCUCUGGACUUGACACGGCGGGUGCACCUUUUCUGCCAGCCGUGGGAAUCUUUAGCAGCUGAGGGAGUGCAAGGAAAGGCGUCUUCAUGAAAGUCGUUUGAGUGGAGUCCAUUGGCCAUGGACCCAUUUAGCCAGCUCAUCCUUACCAUCUCAGUGACCAGCUUCUUCACCUUCCAGUGGCUCUUCCACAAAGUCAGCCCCUGGGUGUCUAUGCAUGUCAGCCCAGGCUUCCUUGCCCUCAGCGAAAAACAGAAGGUGGAAUGGAACUCAAGGACAGUAUCGACGCUUCAUGCACUGUUCGUGGGAAUCUUCUGUCUUUAUAUUUUAUUCUUUGAUGAUGCCGUCAAUGAAGACCCAGUUUGGGGAGAUCCUACUCUAGUGAAGACUAAUGUUGCCAUCACAACAGGCUACCUCAUAUCUGAUCUGUUGCUAAUAUUUUACUAUUGGAAGGCGAUAGGAGACAAGUUUUUUGUAGUGCACCAUCUGGCAGCAUUGUAUGCUUACUACUAUGUACUGGGCCAAGGCAUGUUGCCUUAUUUUGCUAACUUCCGUCUGCUUGCAGAGUUUUCUACUCCAUGCGUGAACCAGCGCUGGUUUUUUGAGGUUUUAGGUUACCCAAGGACCUCCCGACCUAACAUGGCAAAUGGCGUCGCCAUGGCAGUAGUGUUCUUCAUGGUGCGUGUGGCCGUCAUGCCCGUCUACUACAGCCGCAUGUACGCCGUCUACGGCACCGAGGCCUUCUACAUCGUGCCCUACGGCGGACGCCUGGCGUGGAUCUGCUCCAGCAUCUGCUUGGAUAUCAUGAACGUCAUGUGGAUGCACAAGAUCGCCCGUGGCUGCUAUAAGGUGCUGCAGUCGGCACGUCGCAGCAAAGCCGGCGCGCCUCAUGAAAACGGGAAGGCCAACUAACAUUAGGAAGAAGGCUCUACUAACUUGUCUACUGGCAAAACUACAGGAGCGAAUGUAAUGAGGAGGAAAUGUUCUAUAAGGUGGCACAGGUAGGAUGGAUCAUCUGAUACAGACCAUCUUCAAGCCAUGAAAUGACUUCUAAGCAAUAUUUUGUCUUGCUUAUGUUUGUUUGUUUGUUUGUUUGUUUUUUAUAUUCCCACAUUUGUGGACAGUGGAGCCCAAUCUGAUAGUUUGCUAAUCCUGCCACACAUACACUGGUAAAAUAAGACUAUUACUGCCGCAGAUCCUCAUCAGUGGUUAAUGCCAUUAUAUCCUUAAAGAGGAUGAUGGUUCAACCAUUUUUUGUUUUUUUGUUCAUAGCGAAAUCCUUUUUUUUUUAAUCACAUCACUCUCAAGGGACACAAUAACAAAGGAAGAAUAUUUAUGAUUAAUCAAUUUAAGAAUUAAUCUGUUAUUUAAGGUAUUCAUUAACUAAGUAGCCUUUUUAUUGGAAAAAGCAUGAGAUUUUGAAGAUCCUAAAACAUUGUUGCCUUUUUGGAGAUGCAGGCAUUGGAGGUUGUUUUUUUUUUUUAAGACUAUAUAAAGGAUAAAGUUUUCUAACGAACAAGAUGCACAGAGUACCUUUGGAAAUGCUAAAAGGGAAACUGAAUGUCAAAGCUGUUUGUACAUUAUCAUUAAUGAAAGGGAUUUUCCAAUGGUUAUAGAGAAGUCGAUUAGCAUGAUCGCACAAAGUAAUACAAUGUUCAUGAAAACGCUGACAUCGAUUUAUUUGGCAUGGAAAUGAGUGAAAAUGGGAAGUUUUAUUCAAGAAGCAGUAUAAUUAUUUUAUCUACGUAUAUAAAAAAAUCAUUAAUUCUUUUGAAUUCCAACAAACAUCCUGCUAGCACAGUUGUGUCAAUGAGAUGCAGUGUUUUUAUUGUUAAAGUAAUCAAUUGAGAUUUUAAUUGAUUUCACGUUUAGCCUAACAUUUCCAGCAUUUUGGAUGAAGUAGCUACUCCAAUCAUUUAAAAAAAUAUUCUGAAAACAUUCUGUGACAGUGUGAAACCUAUUGGAAGGAAGAGAAUAAAAAACAUGGGUUUUUCUAUUUUUAAAAAAAAAAAAAAAAAGCAGCAGCACACCUGGCUGGCUACAUCCAGCUUUUCUUGCCUUGUUAAACUUAUUUAAUAGCACAUUUUCUUUCUCAGAUGCCUGUCACUUCAGUUUGUUUGCCUUCUUUGUUCGAAUGGUAAUGGGCUUUGUCGUUGGGUGUUUUAACAGUGAAAAAUUCAGAAGCCAUCAAUUUUGUGCAUUUUUUGUGUGUUUUUGUUUUUUAAACUCAUAUUGUGUACACAGCAGUGCCAAGUUGCAGCUCUGAUCACACGUGUCUCUGCAAGUGGUGCUUUGUAAUAAGCGAUUGGCCUCACCUGAGGUCCAGCAUAAGUGUGAAAACCAUCAAUAAGACGUGCCAUUUUUCUGUUAAUAUAGGCUGAUGGAAAGUCAUCUUUUGUAUGAUGUUGGUCAGUAUUCUAAUGGAUUUAAAAGCAGUCUAUAAGGAAUACCGGGAGUCAUCUUUGUGCACAUGCUCUAACAGCCUGUGAUAUUGUAUGGGGAUGGCACUACAAAGGAUCUAUUCUUCUAUUGUCGCACACAUGUAGACAAACAUGGUAACCUGCCCCACACAGAACAUCACAAAGCAGAUGUUCAAUGUUUUUCAUAUGCAGCGCUGAAAUCAUUACCAAGGAAAUACUUGAAUAAUCCACAGUUUAUAAUCACGUUUAUCUGAAUCUGUGUAUUGCAAAUACCAAUCAACCCUGUAUGGAUCUGGCAUUACAGAAUAUAUUUUAAAUGAGCAGCAGACAAUAGGUGGAAAAGCCAUGCUGUCCUCAGUUCAGUAUUAUAUGGAGGAGAAAUGACAAGAGUGGUCAUGGGCAGGGGAAAGAUGAGACAUUCUGUGAAUGUAUUAUUGGGAAAAAGAGCAAAUAUUGUCCAUUGUUUCAAUUUGUUCCUUUAUAAUAAAUGACAAAUUCACUC